AUGGUUGACUUGAUGUCAUUGAAGAAGCCCGACUGUAAGAAAUUCACCAAGAAGAACGAGAUAAGACCUUUCGAAAAUGCAUCAGAGUUGGAGUUUUUCUCCGAAAAGAACGAUACUUCUUUGAUGGUUUUCCUGUCGCAUAAUAAAAAGAGACCAAACACCUUGACUUUCACAAGGUUUUUCAGCCACAAAGUGUAUGAUAUGAUCGAGCUUCUGAUCCAAGACAACUACAAACUACUCCAAGACUUUAAGAAAUUGACGUUCACGGUUGGAUUGAAACCAAUGUUUGUAUUUAAUGGUCCAGCAUUCGAUUCACACCCAGUUUUUCAGCAUUUAAAAUCUCUCUUUCUUGAUUUCUAUAGAGGAGACCAAACCGAUUUGCAAGAUGUGGCUGGAUUACAACAGAUCAUAGCCUUAUCUGUGGGAGAUAUUGAAGAUGCCAACGACAAAAACUUACCAUUACUCCAUUUCCGUGUCUACCGCUUAAAGACGUACAAGUCGGGCCAGAAAGUUCCUCGAGUAGAAGUUGACGAAAUAGGACCCAGGUUUGAUUUCAAGAUUGGACGUAGAAUUGCCCCAGCUCCAGAAAUGGAGAAAGAAGCCCUCACCAAACCCAAGCAGUUGCAAGCCAAGGAGAAGAAGAACGUUACUACUGAUUUCAUGGGCGAUAAGGUGGCUCAAAUUCAUGUUGGAAAGCAAGACCUUGGUAAGUUGCAAACUAGAAAAAUGAAGGGAUUAAAGGAGAAAUAUGAUCAGGAUUCCGAUAGCGACGAGGUAUAUGACUCUGCUGACGACGAGGUAGAAGAACCACCCGCAAAGAAGAGCAGAUCGUAG